CGCAGAGUCGCAGGCAGAAGAAGGAAGAAGAAGAAGAAGAUGGCGCAAGCAGCGAGGCUGAGCCUCCGGAUGCAGAAGGAGCUGAAGCUCCUCCUCGCCGACCCUCCUCCUCGCGCUUCCUUCCCCUUCCUCUCUCCUCUCUCCGACCUCUCUUCCCUCUCCACCAUCCUCGCCCGUAAGCCUCCGCUCUUCCCUUGCGCCCCCCGUUUUGUUUUUCUCCAGGUGUACGCCGCUGAUCGCGCCGGGUGUUUGUUGGUUCCAGAAAUCGAAGGGCCCGAAGGGUCCGUGUACGCCGACGGCGUCUUCAAGAUCAAGAUCCAGAUUCCCGAGCGCUACCCGUUUCAGCCUCCGAGCGUGACCUUUCAGACGCCGAUUUACCACCCCAACAUCGACAAUGGAGGCAGGAUUUGCCUCGACAUUCUCAAUCUUCCCCCGAAAGGGGCGUGGCAACCAUCACUUAACAUUUCAACCAUAUUAACUAGUAUUGGGUUAUUACUCAGUGAACCAAAUCCAGAUGAUGGUCUUAUGUGUGAAGCGAGCCGGGAAUACAAGUAUAACAGACAAGCUUUUGAUGAAAAGGCAAGAUCCAUGACUCAUAAAUAUGCCGUGGCUGGAGCUAGUGGAAGCAUCCUUGACAAUCCAUGCAUGGAACAAAACUCCAGUCCAAACUUGAUGGAAGGUGACCGGAGUAUGAGCAAAACUCAUGACAAAGUCAAUGAAUUUGAAACUGGUAAAAAGAACCAAGGUGGAUUCACUCGGAAGCUUUCAUUGAUAUGCUCAAGCUCAAGCCAAAGAAAAGACGGUGAUGGGGAAGAGAAUGAUGGGUAUAAUACUUGGGAGUCCUACUCUAAUAGUGAGAACUGUUUGGAUGUUGACAAAACAAGAGAUGAGCAUGGCAUCCGAGAAGGAAGCAAUCACAAAACUCCAGAUGGAAUGGCCCAGAACUCAUCAUUAACAUUACAAGAAGAUGUCUUCCAGGACAAUCACGAUGCUGGCGAGGAGACUGUGGUGCCUCGCUACCAGCCAUUAAGCCCUCAUUCUCUUCUUAGGACUUCAGAUUCUUUUGUGGUGCAGUCCCACAAGCCUCUGUAUCAAUUUAGUACUGCAGACAUGGAGAUCGUGGAUUGUACUUUAGAGAAACCAUUUAGUGGGCAAAUGCAUCAAUCCACAGCUUCAGGUUUGUGCCAGUCAGUCAGUGCUAUUGAAGCAGAGAUGCUCAAGAUGCCUCGGUUAUUGCCCUCAAAAGUCCUUAAUUCAUCAAAAAGUUUUACAGAAAUGCCUCGAAAUGGUAGGCAAACUGAAGUGGAGUCACGGAAUGAUUUGAGCAGCGAUAAAUGUGAUGCCUCUGCUGGCACGAAACGUAAGAAGCUGUGUCUUGGUGGGAGGCAGCUUUCUCUCGGACUCAAGGGCUCGUACCAGAAAGGAGACGCAGAAGCUAAGGAGAAUCUUGGUCUAACUGGCAAAGUAGAGCUUUCAGGACCCCUUGACAUUUCUAUGAAAAGUGUUGCGGGGGAGGAAGUCAUCGUUGGGUCCUCUAACUCAACUGCAAGAGUGCAACACGCAUAUCAGUCAUUUCUCUUGCCCUACAAGUGUCUCUAAAGAUUGUUUCGACUCAAAGCUCGUGAAGCCAGACCAUGGCCGAAGAAUGAAGCCGUUAGAUCGAGAUCGAAAUGUGAAAUAUGCUGAGGAAAUUAAUGAGAAGGGACCGAAAGAAUUGCCCACACCAGAUUCAGUGAUUGUGUUGGAUAGUGAAGAUAGCGAGGAUGAAGGGAAAGCAUCAUCGAUGGCUAAAUCAGUGCUAGCACGAAAGCGCAUUGCCAAUUCUAAACUCAGGGCAUAGCAAGCUGCAUGGUUCUAGCGCAGGACAAUGACCUGUUGUUGUUUGUUGUGUUCUGAUGGUAGUCUGGAAAGUUUUGAGAGGCUCAGAGGCUGCUACACUGCACAGACUUCAAAGGAUUAACGCUUAGCACAGAAGAGGCAUAGAAGGAGAAAUUUAUGCAUAUAUAUCUCGGAACAGAGUCCAUAACCACUAUUUGCACCAUCUCUGAUGCUAGCUGCUGAUUCAGAAUAGUUCUCAUCUGCUGUCGGUGUCAAAUUGUUGCGCGCUAAUCGUGGAGUAACCUGAUACCAAAGACAAUGAUAUCAAAUCUGGCAAUCCCACAAACAUGGCUCACGAAAAUCUGAGACAGACGUGUUAUCCCAUGAACACGGCCCUUCCUUGGCCUUAACAAGGGAUUGCUUUUAGUCUCUAGAAACCACAAAUCUCUCC